AUGCCAGGUGAGGUAACUUUUAUGGACCUAAUGGUUGAGGACAAAAAGAAGGAAGCUGUUACAAGACAAAAUAGGAGAUUGAAGAAACAACUUAGAUCUCCUACUAAGAGAAGAACACCUCUGAAGGAGAUUUGCACCAAUACCAAAGACUCAGGAGUACAAGGUAAAAGGAAGUUUCAAUUAUGUGAUGAGGAAAUGGAAGAUGCAGAAGGCAAGGAGAUAGGGGGUAAAAGAAACAAAGGGUGUCUUGAGGUUGUGAAAGAUAGGAAAAAAUUAUGGGGAGAACAAUGGAUAAUAGCCGGGGACUUUAAUGACAUUCUGUCAAAUGAGGAGAAGUGGGGAGGUAGAUGGAGAGAAGAGAAGAGUUUCACAGAUUUUAACAACUUUAUAAAUGAUAACCAAUUGAUUGACAUUGGUUUUGAGGGGAACCUCUGGACGUGGAGUAACAAUUGGGAGGAUGUAGGAGAAGUCAGAGAAAGACUAAACAGAGGCCUGUGUAGUAUAGACUGGUCACUUGUUUUUGAUAAAGCCAAAUGCAAACAUGUUGACACAUUUGCAUCUAACCAUAGCAUGUUAAUGAUAGAUACUAGGAAGAGGAAAAGAAGAUUUUAUUUUGACAAAAGAUGGCUAAAAAGAGAAGGGAUCCAGGAUGUGAUCAGAAAUGCAUGGGAAAAAGAUUGUGAGGGAUCAAGAAUGUUUAGGGUCAAAUGCAAAAUCAGAAACUGCAGAAUUGAGUUAUUAAAGUGGAAAAAUAACUCCAACUGUAAUGCUAAAAAGAAGAUCAUUCAAAUCAAAAGUCAGUUGGAGAAGCUUCAGUCUAGCACUCAUUAUGGCACCAGGAAAGAGACAGUGAGUCUGAAAGAGCAGUUGAAAGAGGCUUACAAGAAGAAGGAACUGUAUUGGCACCAAAAAGCUAGACUAAACUGGAUAAAGAAGGGGGAUAAGAAUACUAAAUUCUUUCAUGCUCAAGUCAAAGGAAGGAGGAGGAGAAACAGAAUGUUGAAUCUGCAAAGGGAAGAUGGAUCUUGGACUGAGAAUGAGCAAGAGUUAGGGGAGGAAGUGGCAAAUUACUACAAGCAGCUCUUCACUAGUAAUUGGAAUGGUAGCCCAGAGGAGAUCCUUAGAGGUAUUCCAUCCACCAUUACGGCUAGCAUGAAUGAUCAACUGGCUAGAGGUGUUGAUGAAGAAGAAAUCAGAACAACAAUUUUCUCUAUGUCUCCUGAUACAGCUCCUGGGAUGGAUGAUGACUCAUUAAUUUUCUGUAAAGCAAACACCAAACAAACUGAGGAGUUGAGGAGGAUCCUGGUGGCAUAUGAAAAGAGCUCUGGACAGUUGAUCAAUCUGGAAAAGUCUUCUGUCUUCUUCAGCAAAAAUAUGGAUCAUGGUAAAAAGCUAGAAGUAUGCUGCAGACUGGGGAAUAUCCAGAUGGUCAACCAAGGCAAAUACCUGGGGCUACCAAUGGUGAUAACAAGGACAAAGGACCAAAUCUUUGGAUUCAUCAGAGACAACAUUAAAAAGAAUUUUGGAAGCUGGAAGCAGAGAUUGCUAAGUCAAGCAGGGAAGGAGGUCUUGUUAAAAGCAAUGACUAUAGCAAUGCCAACUUAUACUAUGUCAUGCUUUAAACUACCUCUGAAACUGUGCAAAGAGAUCAGUGCACUAAUGGCAAGCUACUGGUGGGGAGACACUAAUGGAAAGGAGAAGAUGCAUCAAUGCUCCUGGAAGAGAAUAUCCCAAAACAAGAACCAGGGAGGACUUGGGUUCAAAGACCUGGUCAAUUUUAACAGAGCCUUGCUUGGUAAGCAAAUUUGGAGAUUACUUGUAAAUCCAAACUUGCUUAUCUCCAAGGUUCUGAAAGCAAAAUACUACCCUACUGGCUCCUUCUUUAAUUGCAAGUGUCCACAGAAUGCUUCAUGGAUCUGGCAGAGCCUAAUGGGAGCUAAACAGUUUGUUGAGGAGGGCACCUGGAGGAAAAUUGGAAAUGGUUGUAAGACAGAUAUCUGGGAGGACAAGUGGAUAAUUGGAAACAAAGAAGGAAGGCCCUCAACACCCAAACCUCCAGAAUGCAAAGUGCAGAAAGUUCAAGACUUAAUCAUUCAGAAGAGGUGGAAUAGAGUGGAAGUGUUCAGAACGUUUAAUAGUGAGGAUGCAGAAAGAAUCCUAAGCAUUCCUAUCAGCUUAGCAGGAAAGGAGGACAAUAAUUUCUGGAUACACUCUCCUACAGGGCAGUACAAAGUGAGUACAAGAUACAAGGUACGUAUGAAAGAGAAGGAAACACAAGAAAGGGUUGGCUAUAAGGGUGCUGGUCCUAGUACACAUAAUGCAGCAAAACAGAUGUGGUCUUGCCUAUGGAAACUAAACAUCAAACAGAAACUGAAGACCUUCAUGUGGAAAUGCAUCAAUAAUUCUCUCUCAGUCAAGGAAGUAAUCUUUAGUAGGACUAAGAAAGAAGAUCCCAUCUAUAAAGCAUGUGGUGAAGGGGUAGAGACGGUGAAACAUAUGUUGUUGAACUGUAGACAGGCUAAGCAGGAUGGUGAAGAACACCUUGGUCUAACAGUUAACAUCUUGUGGCAAGUAUGGAAAAGCAGAAAUGAGUGGGAAUUCAACAACAAACAAAGGCAUGCAAUGACAACAAUAAAAAAAGCUCAAGAAGAAUGGAUGGAGUUCUGCGAAGCCUACAAACAGAAGGAGCAAGUGAGCACAGCAGAAACAACUGCUAACCAAAUGCCAAGGAUAGAAGAAGAGAAUGCAGAGGUGAUCCAAGUUAAGAUUGCUGCACUAAGCAAACCGAACAGUAAAGAGGUUGGCAUAGGUGUGACUACUAUGACUGAAGGAAAUGUUAUUGUUGCAGCUUGGGCUAUACAUGAAAAAAGCUACAAUUGUCCACAAUUGGACGAGGCUGAGGCUAUCAAGAUAGUUAUGAGUAAAUUAGUUGUCAAAGGCUGGAGAAAAGUCAACAUACAGAGCUGCAACAAACACCUACAUCAGCAAAUUAGUGCGACUAAUGCAUCAAAUAUCAAACUGCAUACUCUAGUUGAGGAUAUUCUUAGCUUGAAAGCUUUGUUUCAAAUGUGCUCUUUUGGUGUUAUAUCUAAAAAUAAUAAUCAUGUUAAUACUACAGUUGGUGAGUAUGCCUUAGGCAUCAUACAUGAUGAGGAAUGGAUCAAUCCUCUGUGCUAUUGA